AUGGCCGCCUCCGCCUCCGCCUCCCCGCCGCGCCGCCGCCACAGCCACCGCGAUGACGUCUCCCCGCGCCGCCGCAAGCGCCGCGCGUCCCCGUCCCCGUCCCCACCCCGCUCGCCAUCCCCCGGCGUCGACGCGGACCGCCGUCGCAGAUCUAGGGCUUCACCGCCCGAUUCCGACCGCUGCGGCCGCCGCCGCGACGCCAAGCCCUCAGAGGAGAAGGAGAACGGCCACGCCAAGCCCGGAAGGGAUGAGGACGGCGACAACCGCCCUCCCCGGCGCGACAGGGUUUCAGAUGGGGAGGAUGGUGUCGAACGCCGGAGGAUGCGCGAUAGGGUUUCCGACGAUGAGAAGGAGGAAGGCCGUCGGCGCAGGCGGGCUAGGGACGCGGAUGACGAGCCGGACGACCGCCGUGGUAAGCGAGACCGUGAGAGGGAGAGGGACAGCCGGCGCCACCGCCGCCGGAGCCCUAGCUCGGAGUCAGGGUCCUCAUCCGACGACCGUCGCCACCGCCGCCGGCGCCGAGACGAGGGCUCCAGGCGGCGGGAUGACCGUAGGCGAAGGGAGGACGACGGAGACGAGCGCCGGAGAAGCCCUGUGAAGAGGGAGCCGACCCCGCCACUGCCUCCACCACCACCGCUGCUUCCGGAGAUGAUCCCUGGCCGCACGGGUGGGAUCUACAUCCCGCCUUUCCGUAUGGCGCAGAUGAUGCGUGAUGUGGAGGACAAGUCGAGCCCUGAGUAUCAGCGCCUCACCUGGGAUGCUCUCAAGAAGAGCAUCAAUGGGCUGGUGAAUAAGGUGAAUGCGACCAAUAUCAAGAAUAUAGUGCCGGAGCUCUUAGCAGAGAACCUUGUUCGUGGGCGGGGGCUCUUCUGUCAGUCUUGCAUCAAGUCACAGAUGGCCUCACCUGGGUUCACUGAUGUAUUAGCUGCUCUAGUUGCGGUUGUGAAUACCAAGUUCCCUGAGAUUGGGCAGUUGCUUCUUGUUCGUGUUGUGCUCCAGCUGAAGAGGGCAUAUAAGCGAAAUGACAAGCCUCAAUUGCUUGCGGCAACCAAAUUCAUUGCGCACUUGGUAAAUCAGGUGGUGGCACAUGAGCUUUUGGCGCUGGAGCUUCUUACUGUACUCCUGGAAAAUCCAACUGAUGAUAGUGUUGAGGUCGCUGUGGGGUUUGUCAAAGAGUGUGGGGCAAUGCUGCAGGACUUGUCUCCUCAAGGGCUUCAUGCUAUUUUUGAAAGAUUUCGAGGCAUUCUUCAUGAAGGAGAAAUAGACAAGAGAGUGCAGUUUCUUAUUGAAGGCCUUUUUGCAAUCAGAAAGGCUAAAUUCCAGGGUUUCCCAGCCAUCCGUCCAGAGCUGGAUCUAGUGGAGCAGGAGGACCAGUUUACACAUGAGAUAUCCCUUGAAGAUAACCUAGACCCUGAGACCAAUCUAAAUGUUUUCCGGGCAAACCCCAAUUUUGUUGAAGAUGAGAAGGCAUAUGAGAAUCUAAAGAGAAGCAUCCUGGGAGCAGAGUCUUCUGAAGAUGAAGAAGGAUCAGAUGCUGCUUCUGAUGAUGAUGAAGAUGAGGAAGAAUCCGAUGAAGAGGAUGAGGAACAAAUGGAGAUAAGGGAUAGAACAGAGACGAAUCUUGUGAAUCUUAGAAGAACAAUAUAUUUGACUAUUAUGUCCAGUGUUGAUUUUGAAGAAGCUGGGCACAAGCUUAUGAAAAUUAAGCUUGAGCCUGGUCAAGAGAUGGAGCUGUGCAUUAUGCUUCUUGAGUGUUGCAGUCAGGAGAGAACAUACCUUCGUUAUUAUGGGCUGCUAGGACAGCGAUUUUGCAUGAUCAAUAAAGUGUACCAAGAAAACUUUGAAAAAUGCUUUGUGCAACAAUAUUCGAUGAUUCAUCGUCUUGAAACAAACAAGUUGAGGAAUGUUGCCAAGUUCUUUGCACAUUUGUUGGGGACUGAUGCGCUCCCUUGGCAUGUUUUGGCUUACAUCAGGUUGACAGAGGAAGACACGACAUCAUCUUCUCGAAUUUUUAUAAAAAUUCUAUUCCAAGAAUUAUCGGAGCACCUGGGCAUACGCCUACUCAAUGAGAGGCUGAAUGAUCCUAACAUGCAAGGUUCCUUCGAGUCUAUCUUCCCAAAGGAUCAUCCGAAGAAUACAAGGUUCUCGAUCAAUUUCUUCACGUCCAUUGGUCUUGGUGGUAUAACGGAAAGCCUGAGGGAGUACUUGAAGAACAUGCCGCGCCUAAUAAUGCAGCAGCAGAAGCCGGAAUCAUUGGAGUCAGAAUCAAGUGGAUCUGAAUCUGGUUCGGAAAGCUCUAGCGCAGGGUCUAGUUCUGAGUCUGAGUCAAAAUCAAGCUCUGAUGAGAGUGACAGGAGGCGGAGUAAGAAGAGGAGGAAAAGGACUUGA